UGAAUCCCUUCCUCAAACAUUUUCAAGUAUACGGCAUUCCAGCCUCACUAUCUCCAUGGACUGGUGGCUCUUCGUUAAAAAAAUGGCCGGUGAGAGACCCUGUCCUUUACUCUCUGUUCAUCCGUCUCGCUGCCUGGUGGAUGAGAAGUUCGAGGUGCUCUGUCAGCAUUUACUGCCCGCUCUGCAGGUCACUCUGCACGCGCUUCUGCACUCAGAUGAGGGAGACUACUGGGAGGCGUUUGGCCAUUACCUUAGUGAUGCGGCCGGCUCUGUCAGAGUUUCUGAAGAUGCCAGUCUUGGUGGGUCAUACAGCGGUGUGGAGCCCAUGGGCCUGCUGUGGAGCAUGAGACCAAUUCCUGGAAGCAAGCCAGGCCUCAGAUUGCGCAAGAAGGAUGUCUUCAAGCCCACUGAUGUGUACAUAUCUCUGUAUGAAGGCCACCUAAAUGAGGGGUUCAAGGAUAAACGUCCUCUUGCCUCUGUUGUGGCACAGCGAUGGUACACGGCUCCUGGAGUCCAGAGGGUAGAAGUCAGAGAGAAAGGGUUAAAGGGAACCCUUUUCAUACCCCCAGGUCCUGGCCCUUUCCCUGCUCUGUUGGACCUGUGGGGUGGAGGAGGAGGCCUGGUGGAGUUUCGCUCUGCUCUCCUGGCCUCACGAGGCUACGUCUCGUUAUCUUUGCAGUACAUAGGCCUUAUGGGUGCUGAUGGCAAGCCACACAAUGUGGGCAGUGACUACUUUGAGGCUGCCUUCAGUCUGCUGAAGCAACACCCACAGGUGUGUCCUGACAGAGUGGCCAUGAUGGGUUUGUCCUUUGGUGUCUCUGUGACCCUGGGCAUGGCAGCAUAUUCCUCCGUGAUAAAGCCAAAGUGUGUAGUCUGUGUUAGUGGAAGCCAUGUUAUGCCUGUCAACGGAUCUUUGGCUGAUGUCUUUGAUGAGAUCAAAAAGAAUGUCAAGAACACCCGUUAUGAUGAAGAGCAGAGAAUCAUUUGGCGAGAUCUGCUGCUGCCGAUACCAGACGACCCUUCAAAGAAAGUUGAAAUGGGUCGCAUCAAAUGCCCUGUUUUAUUGAUUGUUGGCGAGGAUGAUCAAAACUGGCCGGCAUCAGAGUCUGCAGAGGAUAUGAAGCAGAUGAUGGAGCAAGCUGGGAAUAGUCACCUGUUGACCAUUCUCUCCUACCCCGAAACCGGCCACCUCAUCGAGCCACCCUACAGUCCUCAUUUCAGGGCCAGCAACUUCAUGUUGUCAGAGACAAGGAAUAAAGUGGUCGUGCUGUGGGGAGGACACACUGUGCCUCACAGUCGAGCUCAGGAAGACUCCUGGCACAAAACCCUGGCCUUUCUGGAGCAGCAUCUCUACAGCAGUGCCACAGUGGCACCCGGGUCCAACCACUGAGAGCAAAUAUGUUGUGAAUCUCACUUUUGAAAUUCACGGGUGAAAAGUCUUCAUCAGUUUCACUGUCACAGUUUUGUCUAACAACCAUUGUGCCUUAUAUCAUCUGCAUUCCAGGUUUAAAAUAUUAACCAAAUAUUAGUUUGACAGUCUAAUUAUGCCUAAAAUAUUAUGUAAAAUGAAAAAAAGAAAGGAAUCAACAGAAUAUGGUGUAUUCUUCAAAUUUACAUGCACAUGUGAAUGCUUAUAGUUUUGAAAAAAGGCAAUGAUUAAAUGAUGCACAUAAAACAAAUGAAUAUGCACAAUAUUGUUAAUGACUUUUUAGAAUCAACAAUAUUUCUUAAUGAUAUAAGCAACAAAUGCUGACCUUAACAAUUAUUUGAUAGAGGAAAUACAAUUUCACCUUUAAUAAACUGACUCAGUUUAAUCUUA